UGUAACAUUGUCAACGUGCCAGUCUGUGAGCAACACGUGUCUCGUCUCCUCGUCCUUUUAGCGCACAACAAGCAAGAACAUACACGAAAUACAUACUACAUCUUGCAUUAACGCACUCAUACACACGUUCACGUCAAAGGACUUCUUAACAAUGUUGCCGAGAUACAUAAAGAAAUAAUGAUAAUGAGAAAAAAAAAAAACUAUUCAUGAAAACAUUCACAGUACUUUUGAUGAAGCAUCUGCAUAUACAUUCUAAUUAGCAUGUUUCUGUGUAUACGUAUUCCGAACAAUCUGAGGUAUCCAUAUUUGAAUACACAACUGUAGCAUUCAUUUUAGACCUAACGCGCACACACAAAUAGGAAAUAUUUGAAAAAAAAAAAAAAAAACAAAUAAACACGAAACAAAAGGGAAAGAAACAUUGAAUCAGAAAGCGUCGAGAGCAAGAAACGCGAUUGAAUUUGUGGAAUUACGCGAAGCAAGGCAAGAUAUGAAUUCCGUGGUCGAUCGAGUGAUACUGGUAUGCCGGAAUCCCCGAGGUAUUGGCAGAAAUUACUGGCACCCAAUAAGAAGUGUCAUAAGGGAAAAGAGGGUGAAGAGCACACUGAGAACACACUGGGGAAGAUUCAAGGAUCGGAUGACAGUCAUGUGCGGGCAAGCAGAUCUCUCCUUCAGGAACCUUCUGGCACGUUUUACGGAUGGAGAGAGGGAGGGGUCAGCACGAACAGUAGACAGUGGCGGUACAAGUCAUCCCCAGACGGAGAGCCAACCCCGCCGCCACUGGCCUUUGAAAGAACUUGGCAGCCCUGUGGAUUACCUCGCCAAAUGUAGGAGGGAAUCAUUAGCACAGCCGCCUACUGUUCCGCUUUCUAAAGAAAAUGAAGGAGGAGGAGGAGGAGGAAAACCGGCUCAGUCAUCGGAGACGUAUGAUCUCCCUGACCCCUUCAGCUCCGAAGAACUGGAGCACUACCUGGUUCGAGCCACAAACUCCACUAACUUGGACAUCCAGCUCCAGAGCGUUCCCAAGGAGGACCCAUCGCGCAGCAGAACGUACGCUAGGAUGCCCACCAACACCAAGAAAAACAGAUACAAGAACAAUACCCCAUAUGACGACACGCGAGUGGUGCUUGAGGGUGACGCACAGUCUGACUACAUCAACGCCAGCUACAUUGAGGGUAAUGAAGGGCCACGGAUCUUCAUAGCCACCCAGGGACCGAAGGAAACCAACGACCGCACAAUCGAUGACUUUUGGAGAAUGGUGUGGCAGAACAAGUCCAAUGUGAUUGUCAUGCUGGGGAACCUGAUAGAAGGAGGCCGGGGUAAAGUGAGCCAGUACUGGCCAGACUUUGGAAUGAAGCAGAAGUACGGCCUGGUGGAGGUGGAGAAGAAAUCAAUAAAGCAUGAAGUGAACUGGAUCCGCAGACACUUAGUGGCCAGUCAGGGGAGUCAAAGCCGAGAUGUGCUUCAGUACCACUUCAUCAAGUGGCCGGACCAUGACGUUCCACACAGCCCCUAUGGCGCCGCCCGCAUGAUCGAAGACAUGUUGAGGUGGCACUGGAGCGGCCCACCUGUCAUUCACUGCAGCGCUGGCUUGGGGCGCACGGGAACCUUCCUGUUGGUGUUGCGAUUACUGGACGACCUGCAAUACAAAGGCUGCUUCAAACCUCUCGACACACUGCACUCCAUCAGGAAAUGCCGUGCCAACCUCUUAGACAAUCAGCAUCAGUACAGGUUCGCGCACCACAUUCUGUUGGAGAUCUUAUACGGCAAGGAGACGCGCCUCCCUGUUCACCACAACUUCACCAAGGAUAAAAUUCCAGAUCAAUACAAGGACCUGAAUAGAGUUCCGCGCACCCUUACCUACAAGUGGGCGAGGUCACAUGACGUUGCCCUAAAUAGACACACUUCCGUUCUUCCACCGGACGGGCGGCACAUACCCUUGGGGACGAGUCGCAGCAAGCAGUACGUGAACGCCGUGCGGGUGCGUGACUCCAACCUGCGCGACACCUUCCUGGUUGCCGAACACCCGAUGAGCCACACCGUCGGGCGCUGCUGGCGGUUGGCGUACAUGACGAGAGCCUUGGCCUGGGUUUUUCUCCACAACUACGAGGAGAGUUACGAGGACUUCCCAUCUAUCCUGCCCCCCUACGGCUGCUGCGAGCUGGAAGGCGUCACCGUGCAGCUUACUAGCAUAGACAAAAAGGAGUUCUUCACUGAAAGGUCCAUCACUUUGGUUUCCAACGGCGUGACUCACAAGAUUCGGGUACUCCAUUUCAAGAACUGGAGUCCCACCAGUGACCUGCCCUUUCCCCUCCAGUCACUUAUCUUCCUUGUGAUGCGCCUGCAAGAGAUUCGCGAAUCGUCGGAUAAUAAAGUCAUCAUGGUCAGCUGCAGUGACGGCUACUCCGCCAGUGGGGUGCUUGUAUCCCUGAUGAGGAUGGUGGCCGAGAUUGACCUCACGCGGACUAUGGAUGUGUACAGGACAGUGCAGAGUUUGCGCUUCGACCGGCCCCAGUUUAUCAUAUCUCAGGACCAAUACCUUUACCUCCAUGAUGCUGCCGUCGUUUACUUUAAAUCGAUAAAGUUAAAGCAACAGCAGAAGAACAAACAGGUACAGCAGACAAAAAACGCUGAGACAAACGAGUCAGAACACGAAAAAACCGAAUGAAAUCAAACUAAAGAAAAGAAGGAAAUAGAAACAUAAUAAAAUACAGAUGUGAGGUGAAAGGAUAUCGAAACUGGAAAGUUGAAACGAAUAAAUGAAGAGACAGAAACAGGACAAGGAAAAUAAAUUAAAUCAAUGAGAGAAAACUGAAAAAAGUACUAAAAAAAAAAAUUAUAGGCGAGGAAAACUGAAAAUAAGAAGGAAUGAAAUGAGACGAGAGAAAAAAAAUCAAGCUAUUGAGAAAAGAAAUCGAGAGAAUCGAAGCUAAUCGAAGAAUUAAAAAAGAUCUGACUCAUCGAAUAUAAAGUCAUAUCAAAUGAAAGCCGAUAAAAAAGGAAAAAAAAGUGAAAGACGUAAACUUAAGGAUCAUUUACGGGGAAGAAAACAGAAAGGAGAGAAACUUUUUAAUAUAGUGCUGUAGUGAACACGAGAUACUUGAAAAUUACAAGGAAAGCAAAAAAAGACACUGUGAUAGCAACCCUUUGACCCUUUUUCUGCCAUGGCCAUUCUUCCUUAACCUUCCUAGCACUGUAAGAACGGUUUGCAUGAAGACACAAGAGAGAAGAGAGGGGAAAACAGAAGGUAAGACUGUCCUUCUAAAACUACAAAAUAUUUACGAGAGCGUGGCACAAAAAUACUGUCUACAAAUUUACAGAAAUAAAAGAAAAAAAAAGUUGUGUAACAGUGAAAGGGUUAACUGCUAUUAGGCACAUUUUCCCUUAACCACAAACUUCUCAGAGGUAUUUCCUUUUCUUUAACAGGCACCUCUAAAUGUACGAAAAAUUACACUGAAAGUCCUUUUAAAGAGUGCCACGUAAAUUAAUUCUAUUGGCUGUUCAGUCUGCAGGAAAAUGAGAAAAAUAAGAGAGAUGAAAAUGGAAAAAAAAUCAUUAGUUUCGCAUCUUAAUUGUAAAGACGAUACACCAGUUCUUUAUUAUAAACCUCGCUACUUACACUACGUACAGCCAGUCUCGUGUUGAGUUCCUGUCAGGAGGGAACAGCCACACGUCUUGCUCUGGGCGGGUGGUGACUGGUGAUUACCAACAUACACAAAUAUGGUGGACCGCUCAUCCACUUACCUCCACGAAGCUCCGACCCUGAUUCAAGAUAGAUCGUUUCCAUAUUCUCACUAAUAUGGAUCAUUCUCAAUACUGAGUUUGUUUUCACGGAAUUCCUUGCACUAAAAGUUGUACGGCAAUACGUAGGGAAUAAAUGGAAUACUGUUCUUUCCUCUCUUAUAUGUCAAUAAACUUAAUUUCUUGUCCACUUUGCAUUGAUUAAGUAAACUUACAGAUAUAUGCAUAUUGGAAACAUGCAACUGCACUGAUGCAGAACAUUAGCGCAACACGGGCCUCGCCACUGCCGGCCGCUGCGUUCCUCUCCGUACUUUUUUUUUU